CAGACAUGAAGUUCACGCCGUUUCUCCUAGCGACCCUGCUGGUCGGACUCGCGCAGGGUCAGCUCAAUCCGCACUUUGUGCCCAACCACAGCGGAAUCGUACACCUGUUCGAGUGGAAGUUCUCGGACAUUGCGGCCGAGUGCGAACGCUUUCUGGGACCGCGCGGGUUCGGUGGAAUUCAGUUGUCUCCGGUGAACGAGUAUGUGAUCGUCCAGCGCGGGAAUGCCCGCCCCUGGUGGGAGCGUUACCAGCCGGUUUCGUUCAAGAUCGUGUCACGUUCGGGCAACGAGCAGGAUUUUUUGGAUAUGUCUCGGCGGUGCAAUGCAGUUGGUGUGAGGUUGUAUGUGGAUAUCAUCAUCAAUCACAUGGCGGCUCAUCCUGGGGAUGCUGGUGACGGCGUUGGACACGGGGUGGGAGGCUCAACGGCGAUUCCACGUAAUCGGGACUUCCCAGCUGUGCCGUUUACGCUCGCGGACUUCAAUCCUACGUGCCAAAUUACGGACUGGAAUGAUCCCAUCCAGGUGAGAGAUUGCGAACUGUUGGGACUGCCCGACUUGAACCAGGCUCUUCCGAACGUUCGUGACCGGUCCGUAGACUUUUUGAACCACUUGAUCGAUCUGGGGGUGGCCGGGUUCCGCGUGGAUGCCGCCAAGCACAUGUGGCCGGUAGAUCUGGAGGUCAUCUUCAACCGGUUGAAGAAUUUGGAUACGAGCUUUGGGUUUGCAGCGAGAUCGCGUGCCUUCAUGAUGCAGGAGGUCAUUGACGGAGGCCCACACGAGGGUGUCCGCAAGUACGAGUACGUUCACCUGGGAACGGUCACCGAGUUCAUGUACUCCAACUACGUGGGUCGUGCAUUCGUCGGAAACGACGCACUGGUUUGGCUCCAGAACCUUGGUGAAGAGUGGGGUCUUUUGCCGUCGGAACAGGCCUUGGUCUUUGUCGAUAACCACGACAAUCAGCGUGACCACGGAGCUGGAGGUCAGGGUGGUAACAUCCUUACCCACAAAGUCCCACGUCCGUACAAAAUGGCCACCGCGUACGCGGCGGCAUUCCCCUACGGUCAGCUCCGCAUCAUGAGCUCGUUCUUCUUCGCCGACGGAGAUCAGGGACCUCCGGAGGACAUCAACAACAACAUCAUCUCGCCGUCGAUCAACCCGGACGGAAGUUGCGGAAAUGGGUGGGUCUGCGAGCACCGGUGGCCCGCCAUUACCAACAUGAUCCACUUCCGGAACGUUUGCUGGGGCACGCCGAUGGUCAACUGGUGGUCCAACGGGCAGAACAAGAUCGCGUUCGGUCGUGGAAACUGUGGCUUUGUGGCGUUCAACAACGAGCCGCAACAGGACUUCCUGGAGGUGCUGCAGACGGGUCUGCCUGCCGGAGUGUACUGCGACGUGAUCUCCGGCAACAAGGUCGGCAAUUCCUGUACCGGAAAGAGCAUUCAGGUUCUGCCGGAUGGUCGUGCCUCGAUCAGUAUUUCUCGGGAUGCUGCUGAUGGUGUGAUUGCCAUUCACCUUCAGUCUCGACUCUAAAAUCGUAAUCUGGAG